AUGGCGUUGAGGAUCGCUUUCUUCUAUGCUUGUGGGCAGUUCUCCGGAACCAUCAGUGGAUUGUUGGCGUUUGCUAUUAGUUUCCUGGAUGGCGUAGGAGGUCUGGCUGGAUGGCGAUGGGUGUUUAUUCUUGAGGGUAUCCCUGCCAUACUCUGCGGCAUCUACACCCUCUUCUUCCUCCCCAAUUAUCCCGGCUCAAAAUCCAACUUCCUCACAGACCGGGAGACGCAGGUCUUGCUGGAUGAUCUGCCCAAGACACAACCAGACUUGGAAGCAAAGACACGGAACCCAGCACAAGUGAAAGCUCUCCUUCGAGACCCAACCUUCGUCACCUUCACUCUCAUCUGGGUCUGCCACGCCAUAGGCGGAUGGGGCAUCGCCACCGUCCUCCCAACAGUCAUAUACCAACUCGGCCUCACCGACUCAGCCGUCUCCCAACUCAUGACUAUGCCAGCCUAUGCUUUCGGCUGCUGCUAUCUCGUAACCAUCGGCUGGCUAAUCCAUACCAAACGUCUCAUCUCCUGGGCUGCAGCUAUCGGUCUGGAAGUCAUCGCUUGCAUCUGCUACAUCGUCCUCAUCACCGUACGAGAACCAGUAGUGAAGUAUGUCUUCGUCACCCUCGCUCUAGCUUGCUCAAUCUCCAUCUACCCGAUUAUCUGGCCCGAGCGCAUUCGAGCUGCCAGUGGUACGAUGGCCACGGGAUUGGCGAUUGGGAUCACGAAUGCGGCGGCGCAAUUGCAGGGGAUCGUGGGGCCGAGGGUGUAUUUGUCUAAGUAUGGGCCUACGUAUAAGGUUAGUUUUGCGGCUUCUAUUGGGCUGUUGGCGGGGGCGAUUGUGGGUAUUGCGGUGACGUGGUGGUUGGUCGCGAAGAGGGAUCGAUGUCAGGGGCAGGAGGAGGUGAUUGGUGGGGAGGAUUCAUCUGUUGGUUCGGACGCUGUUAAAGCGUGA